UGAAAUACUUCUCCCUACUCCCAGCCUUGGUCUUUGCGACGAGGGUCAUCGCGUUCGCCUCCUAUGCCUCAUUGGCCGGGCUCAGUGAACGAGAAUUGGAUGCUAUCAUUCCUACGCUCGAAGCUCGAGAGCCAGUUCAACCUCCUGGACCUCUUGCGGACACUUCUGCCAAAUUGGUGAAUGACAAGGCUCACCCGUGGAAGCCGCUUCGCCCAGGUGAUAUUCGUGGACCUUGUCCUGGUCUCAAUACUUUGGCGUCUCAUGGGGACCUCCCAAGGAAUGGCAUUACAACUCCAGCGCAAAUGGUAACUGCAGUCCAGGAAGGUUUUAACUUCGAAAAUGGAGCCGCAAUCUUCGCAACGCAAGACGCGCUCACUGGGCCUGCUCCCCCACUCCCAGCCACCGCUGGUGGGCUAAGUGAGCAUGGACUCUUCGAAGGCGACGCCAGCAUGACCAGAGGUGACGCAUUCUUUGGCAACCAUGAUGCCUUCAACGAGACGCUCUUCGAACAGGUUGUUGAGUACAGUAAUCGAUUUGGAGGAGGGAAGUAUAACCUUACCGCCGCGGCCGAGCUCCGGUUCAAACGCAUUCAAGACGGGAUUGCGACCAACCCUGAAUUUUCCCUUGUUGGCCUUCGAUAUUUUGCCGCCUAUGGAGAGUCCGCCGCCCCCGUCAACUUCUUCGUGGAUGGAACCGCGCGGGGAUUUUUCCAAUUUAGCCGCAUGCCUGACGGCUUUUUCCGUGCAAACACGACGAAAGGCAGCCAAGGAGUCGACGUGAUCAUACAGGCCCAUCCUGUGCAGCCCGGAAGAAAUAACGGCCAAAUCAACAGCUACACCGUCGAUCCAACGUCCCCCGACUUUUCGAACACCUGUUUGUUGUACGAGAACCAUGUCAACAAAACGGUCAAGGGGCUAUACCCGAAUCCGAAGGGAAGACUUCGCAAAGCACUUCUCGCGAAUCUCGAUUUCUUCUGGAGGGGGGUUAACAGCACUGCUGGAUGUGCCCAGGUAUUCCCGUAUGGGCGAGAUUGAA